GAAGAAGAAGAAGAAGAGUGCUGCUUCUACUUCCGGUGGCUGCACACGUGUUCGUCGUCCUCUCGUGCGCAUCAAGUCGCUACAAGAUCGCCACAAAGUUGACGUCUUCUCAAUAAGAUCACACAAGUUGACGUGGACUCAUCAAAGUUGGCCAUAAAAUGAGACCAGGUUUCAGUCCAAGAGGAGUCCGUGGCAGAGGAGGCUUCGGAGACCGCGGGGGACGAGGAGGCUUCGGAGACCGCGGGGGACGAGGAGGCUUUGGAGACCGCGGGGGACGAGGAGGAGACCGUGGGGGACGAGGAGGGUUCAGAGGAAGAGGUGGGUUCCGCUCCCCUGAAGGAGGUGGAUUCAGGGGACGAGGAGGAGGCAGAGGCACCCCAAGAGGACGAGGUGGCAGAGGAGGCUUUGGAGCAGGAAGGAAGGUGUUUGUGGAGCCUCAUAGACAUGAAGGAGUGUUCAUCUGCCGAGGCAGGGAGGACGCUCUGGUCACCAAGAACAUGGUGGUAGGAGAGUCUGUGUAUGGAGAGAAGAGGAUGAGUGUGGAGGAAGGCGACAGCAAGAUUGAAUACAGAGCCUGGAAUCCUUUCCGCUCCAAGCUGGCAGCAGCCAUCUUGGGAGGAGUGGACCAGAUCCACAUCAAACCUGGAGCCAAGGUCAUGUACCUGGGGGCAGCCUCUGGGACCACCGUGUCCCACGUCUCCGACAUUGUUGGGCCCGAAGGGCUGGUCUAUGCGGUAGAGUUUUCUCACCGAUCAGGUCGUGAUCUUCUCAACGUGGCCAAGAAACGCACCAACAUCAUUCCCAUCAUCGAGGACGCUCGACACCCACACAAGUACAGGAUGUUGGUCGGAAUGGUGGAUGUGAUAUUUGCUGAUGUGGCACAACCUGACCAGACCAGGAUUGUAGCUCUCAACGCUCACAACUUCCUCAAGAACGGUGGACAUUUUGUCAUCUCCAUCAAGGCCAACUGCAUCGACUCCACGGCCGCCCCGGAGGCGGUGUUUGCGUCGGAGGUGAAGAAGAUGACGGGUGAGAACAUGAAACCGCAGGAGCAGCUCACCCUGGAGCCCUACGAGCGAGACCAUGCUGUGGUGGUGGGCAUCUACAGACCUCCACCCAAACAGAAGAAGUGACCGCCGUCUGCCAUCUUGAAUCCCCCAGCCUGACCUUUGACUUGUUGCAUGAGCUGUGGUCAACUCUCUUUUUUUAUGUCUCCCUUUUUUGUCAUGUCACCAUGUACAGAACUUUUCAUUAAAGGCCAUUUAACUUUU